AGGUCGGUUGGCGGGAUGUGCGACCCGACCUUCGGCGGUGGCGGUACCGUUGCCAGCGGGGGCGGUUCGGGGGGCGGCAGCAGUGCCGUUGACGGCCUGUCGCGUAUGGCCGGCCUGGCGAUGCCCGGUGGUCUCCAGGCUGCGGCCGCCGCUGCAGCUGCAGGACAGGCGGCGGCUGCUGCAGCUGCCGCGGCCGCGCAAUCCGGCAAGAAACAGGACGACCACAUCAAGAGACCCAUGAACGCGUUCAUGGUGUGGUCGAGGCUGCAGAGGAGAAAGAUCGCACAGGAGAACCCGAAGAUGCAUAAUUCUGAGAUUUCCAAGAGGCUAGGAGCCGAAUGGAAACUCCUAACAGAAGACGAGAAAAGGCCGUUCAUCGAUGAAGCCAAAAGACUACGCGCAAUGCAUAUGAAAGAGCAUCCUGACUACAAGUACAGACCUAGGCGUAAGCCCAAAACGUUACGGAAGGAAGGUUAUCCUUAUUCGAUACCCUAUCCUUCUGUACCUAUGGACGCCUUGAGAGCUGGUAAGUUAAUAACUGUUUAUUAG